CAAAACAAAAUUAAGAUGUUAUUGAAUUAAAAUUAAUGUUUAAAAAAUCAGUGAUCAACCUAAUCUAAAUUGAUAAGCUAAUAGUUAAUUAAUCUUAGUGUUUAAUCACCGAAAAGUUAAACCAACUAAUCAACCUAAUCAAAUGUGUUCAGGUUGCUUAUGUUUUCCGAGGUAUAAUUUUCUUGUCACCAUUGACCUAAUUAACUUAAUUGUUCAAUCACUUUCAUUUUUAUUCUUUGAUUGUGAAUUUUAAUUUCCAAUCAAUCAAAUCACUUACAUUGUCAUUCCUCUGCACUAAUCUCUUGAUCACAAUCAACUCACAAUCAAAUCUGAAAAAAAACCUUAAUUGACGCUAUUUCUAGUUGAUUGAAAUCAAUUGUGAUUAUUGAUUUAAUUGUUUAGCAUUCAUGAUAAUAACAUGUUAGUUUUUAAGAUAAUUUAAAUCGUAUUAAUUUAAAUCAUGAAUCAAUGUCGUCAAUAUCAUCCCAAUCAUCAUUCUCAUCAUCAUAAUCAUCUUAAUCAUCAUCAUCUAAAUGACUUGGAAUCACAAUUGAAACAGUGUCAAUAUGGUGGUACAAUUAAACGUAUUCAAAUGCAAACAUUUAAUCACAACAAUCAAAACACCAACAAUUCAAAUAUGGAUAAAUAUGAAAAGAUAUCAAAAAUCGGCGAAGGUUCUUAUGGCCUAGUGUUCAAAUGUCGUAAUCGCGAGAAUGGACAAUUAGUGGCCGUUAAAAAGUACGUCGAAACGGAAGACGAUCCAUUGAUUAAGAAAAUCGCUCUGAGAGAGAUUAAAAUGCUCAAGCAACUUAAACAUCCCAAUUUAAUCAAUUUGAUUGAAGUUUUCCGACGGAAACGGAAAUUACAUCUCGUCUUUGAAUAUUGUGAACUAACGGUCCUCGAUAUCCUCGAAAAGUAUUCCAAAGGUGUACCCGAAUAUUUAACUAAGCGAAUAAUUUGGCAAACAAUUAACGCAGUGAAUUUCUGUCAUCAGCAUAAUUGUAUUCAUCGUGAUGUCAAACCGGAAAACAUUUUGUUAACUCGAGAUUUUAUCGUUAAACUUUGCGACUUUGGGUUUGCUCGAACUCUGAGUCCAAAUGGUAAUUAUACCGAUUAUGUGGCCACCCGUUGGUAUCGAGCACCCGAAUUACUUGUCGGUGAUACUCAAUAUGGUCCAGCGGUCGAUGUUUGGGCGAUUGGUUGUGUGACCGCCGAACUGAUGAGAGGUGAAGCUCUUUGGCCUGGGAAAUCAGAUGUUGACCAAUUAUAUUUGAUUCGUAAGACACUUGGUGACCUCAUCCCUCGACAUGUACAAAUUUUCAGAUCGAAUGACUUUUUCGCUGGGGUCACAAUUCCAGAGACCGAAAUAACCGAUCCCUUGUCGGGCAAAAUUCCUCGACAUGUUGAAGACACUGGAUUCGAUUUCUUACGAAAAUGUCUCGAUAAAGAUCCACAAAAGCGACCAAAUUGUGACCUUCUACUUCGACAUCCAUACUUCAAUAAUGUCAAAAUUCCUGAACUCGAAAGUGAAGAGGUACAAUUUAAAUUCCGUCAACGAUCAAAGUAUGGACAAUCUUUACUUCCACAUUUACCUAAUCAUGGGUCCCCAGAGAUUAGGUCAGUCCAAUUACAUUCGAGGACAAUUAACGCAAGAGGAAGCAUCGGAAGUACCAAUGGGACAAUCAACGGAUUAAAUGAUCGACCCAACAGAUUUGAUCAUUUACCAAACAUUUAACCUCAAUGACAUUGAUCCACUAAAGUAUUGAUUGUAAACAAAUCUCACCAAAAUCAACAUCAAUCAUAAAAAAUAAUGAUAACAUUUAAUGUCACAAUUAAAACCCAUCAAAUAUUAAA